UUUCAAUGACGGCCUAGGAACAGUGGGUUAACUGCCUUGUAUUUUUCGGCGUUUAUCCAAAAUCACACGACGAACCAUGACGGAGUUAGAGCCUACAAAAAUACGCCAUUACAUUUAUCUUUAUAAAGUUAACAUUUUAAAAGGUCAGCUCGGAUAUUCGAUCUUGCUAUCUUUUAGUAACCUUUUAAAAACUUUGUAAAGAUAAAUAGUAAUGACGUCUUUUUGUAGGCUCUAACUUCGCCAUGGUUCGUCGUAUAGUUUUUUGAUAAACGUCUGGUGUAAACGCAGGUUUAGGAGAUUUUAUACGCUUUGUUCUAUGAGAUAAUCUAAGAGGGGUAUGUAUGCACGUCCCAAGGAUUCCGGAUAGCAAGGACCCUCAAAGAAAGGCCAUCAUUGCUAUAGGUUUUUGUUCCGACAAGCUGUUGACCUGGGGAAUGCUAUUUACGCGCACAGGAAGAGAUGUCAGCUGAUCAGUCGAAGGAAAUGUUUGAUGCUAGCAGAAGAAUUGUUGUCAGUUAUAAAAAAACGUGUAUCUGAUUUCAGUAUAUCGUUUCUCCAGUUUCUUAAUAGCUUGUAUUCUGGUACUUCAACAUAGAAAAAUGAUGUCGAGCGUUGCCUUCAAACUGCUCUCUCUUGUUGGUUUGUUAUUGAUGUCAAUACAGACGACGGAUGCGAAGAAUUCAGAGGAUAUCCGGUGUAAAUGUACCUGCCCACCAUACAGAGACAUUGAUGGACAGAUCUACAAACAAAAUGUAUCUCUAAAGGAUUGUAACUGCCUUCAUGUUGUGGAGCCAAUGCCAGUUGAUGGAAAGGAUGUAGAGGCGUACUGUCUGCGUUGUGAAUGCAAAUAUGAGGAGAGGAGUUCUGGAACUAUCAAGGUCACUAUCAUAAUCUACCUGUCCAUCCUGGGCCUGCUGUUCCUCUACAUGGUGUACCUGACCCUGCUGGAGCCCAUGCUGAAGAGGAGGCUCUUUGGACACUCACAGCUUCAGAAUGAUGAUGAUGUUGGGGACCAGCAGCCUUUCGCCAACGCCCACAACGUAUUGUCUCAUUCGGCCUCUCGCCCCAACAUGCUGAACAAAGUGGAGCACGCUCAGCAGCGCUGGCGGAGGCAGGUCCAGGAACAGAGGAAGUCUGUGUUUGACCGCCACGUGGUGCUCAGCUAAACCCAUCCCCAGGAAACAAAAACCCGGGGUGAAGCAAACAAUGUUACUGUGACUGGGUGUUCCUUCUUCUUUUUUGUUGUCUAUUUUGUCUGAUUCUUUCCCGAACUUCCGAGCUUCAUCCUUAUUGGUGUUUUUGAUCCUCAACUGGACCUGUAUUUCAUGAAAUGUGAUCAUAUAGCUCUAUGUAUUCAGGAGGUGAUCGUAAAGGGUCUCUGCAUCAGUAGGUUGAAGUGGGGCGUUGCAUUUGAGACCUUUGGCUUAAGGUAAUGCUAGUGUCUGUAUGACUUUGUAUACUUUCUGAUUUAAUAAUACUAAUAGAAAGUUAGAUGUUAGUUUGUUGCCCCCAAAUGGAUGAUACGUGCCAUUUUGCACAAGCUGAUGAUGAUAUUUGGUUUCUGAUAAAGUAGAAACAAUGGGUGACAGUGCACUCUUUUACAGUAAUAUUGGUAGCUUCUGAUAACAGUAAUGUUGGCCAAGUCACCAAUGAAAUUAGGUGAGACAUUUGAGGGUAGAGUAAAUAACAAACAAAAAAAUAUACCAAAAUUAAUCACUCAAACUAAUGAAAACAUCUACAAUAAAUGUAACAUCUGCUACCUAAACAACAGAAGAUGGGAAUGAGUUGGAAACAGUAAAAAUGUGUAACAUCAGUCUCUUGUCCAAAAGCAUGUUUUUAAGAAGUGAUGUAUACAUUUAUUUACAACCUUUUACCCUAAACAACAGUUGAUGUACAGAUGUAUGCAUUUUGUGGUGUGAACACUCCUGUAUCAUGUUCUCCUGUAAGGCUAAGUAUAAUGUAGCAUUUGGGAGACAUUUUGACAGUUAAUGACAGUUAUCUGAUGGUACAUUUAAUGUAAACAUUAGUCCUCUCCUUUGAAUAUAUGUGUGUUAGUCAGAGCCCUCGGCUGUCACUGUCUCGAGUAGAUGUACACCAUCUCUGCACCUUGCUUGUUUUGUUUUCAGCUAUCUACUCCUCUCCAUUUAGAUACAUUUGACAUGAAUCAUACAUGAAUGAGAUCCUCCUUUAUUCAAAAUUUAAAUAACUGUCAUUGUCUUUUGUUAGACAGUAUUGAUGCUACCAUCUGUCUUUGAUGUAAAACAUUUUUUAAUGAUAAUUUGGGAUAGCUAGGGGGUUUGUAAAGUGGGUAGAAAAUGCUACUAUUGGUUGACCUAAUGAAAGUGUUAAGUCUUAUCUGUGAUAACAUCACAUUUAAAAUACAUUUCUGUAAUAUUUA